AUGUGCCUCAUCUGCCUGCACACAAACAUGGUAACAUCUACCUUCAAGAAAGACAUGUUGAAGAUAAUUUUGUCUGAGAUGCAUCACAGUUGCAAGGUGAUAACAUGGGGAUGGACACAACAGAUGUUUCUCUACUUUAUGAUCUCAGGUACUCACUCUAACACAGUCACAGUCCACCAGCCUCCUGUGCUCACUGCGGCUCUGGGUCAUGAUGUUACAAUGCUGUGUCAUAUAAGUCUUUCACACAAUGUGAAAAUGGUGAAUCCACCUGUUCUGUAUUGGGUGUACAUACCAGAGGACGGCAAAGACAAACCCAGACUUUGGACGCCUUCGGCGAAAUAUGUCGGACGCGUCGACCUUGUAGACACCAGUCCAAAAACUUUAAACAAGUCCAUACUCUUCAAGAACGUCCAGUGGGCGGACAGCGGGAGGUACCUGUGUAAAGUCUCCAUCACAAUAGAGAAGGACAACCGUUUCAGGAAGCUGGGAAAUGAAACUUUACUGAUGGUUUAUGACACCAUGACAUUUAACCACAAUGACUCUCUGCUCUCGUGUGAAGUAAACGUGACUCUGGAUCCCGGAUUUGUUUUGUCCAUUUUUCAUAAUGGAUGUAAACUCCAGCCCGUUGACUCUGCUCAAGAAGAUGCUGGCACCGCUCUGGCUUACGCCACACUCUCUGAGACCAUUUCUCUGAGGAGCAAAGGAGAAUAUGAGUGUCAGCUGCACCUGAACGGAGAUCUGAUAACAAAAAGCAUCUUCCAAUACCACCAGCCUGUGGCCGAUGGUGAAGACACAGAACACAAUGUUUCACUAACCUGCCCAACAUCUGUCUCUGAGCCAGGCGUGGUAGUGUUUCCAGAGCCGUGGCUCCUGUAUAUGGCUCUCCUCCUGGUGCCCUUCACCAUUCUGCUGAUACUCAUAAUUGUCCUGCUGGUGUACAGAUGCUGAGUUUGUUAACAUUUUCAAUUCAAUGUUACUUAAAAAAAAUACCCAUUAUCACAAAUCACAAUUGGACUCAGAGGGCUUUGCAGCAUCCCUCUGUCCUUGGACUCUCACAGUGACUAAGAAAAACUCCGCCCAAAAAACCUUUAACAGGGGGAAAAAAAUGGUAGAAACCUCAGGAAGAGCGAGUGAGGAGGGAUCCCUCUUUUAGGACGGACAUAGGUCCAAUAGAUGUCUUAAAGAACAAUAAAAUUACAGUAAACAAUAGAAUUACAGUAUUUAGGGGGACAUAUCAGUGUAUAUAAUACAAUAAGUAUGUUUUCUUUAAUGUAUAAUCACUUAAAAAUAAGAAUUUUAGUGCUUUUGUUUCCUGAGAAUGAGCCGUUUGUAUCUAUAUAGGGAGAAGAUCCUCGUUUAUGGAGAUCGGCAUGUUGCACUGCUAUGUUUCUACAGUGGCCAAAAACAGACAAACCAAACACUGGCCCCAGAGAGGACCAUUUGUAUUUUCACAUCAACCACCGUAGUUAGCAGCAGAUCUGCGAAGAGCAGCGUCGGAAAAUCAUUGAUUCUUUCAAGUGAAACUGCUAUAUACAGUAUUUUAAUGGUUUAAAUCACCAGGUCAAUCUAUUUUGGAUAUAAAGACAAAGAUAAAAUAAAAUCCUGAAUGUGUGGAUCUAAUGUUAUCAGAGAUAAAUGAUGAGCAAACGGGUGCUGAGCAGGCUGCCCAUCUCCGAAAUGCCAAAAAGCAUAGAAGAAACAUUGAUUUGUAACAUGAUUUAGUGUUUUUACCAAUUCAAAACACAGAGUCUAUUUGUUUUUGAGAGGAAUGAACUAGACGCCACUAUAUCCCCUAAAAUUCUAACACACAAGUGAUGAUAUGUCAGGGUUAAAUAGACAAAUUGCAUUGAAGGCAUUAAAAACAACAUUCAAACAACAUAACGAAUGACUUAUAUCUUUAAAACAUGGUAGCUCUCUGUAUUAUAUACACAUUUAAGGAGGACAAACAAUUUAUUUUUCCUGAUAUUUAGUGGAAUAACCUACAUCUGUGGCCCCCAAAAAACUAUUUGUCUGGUAUAUUAAAUAGAAAGGUGACAGAAUAUGAGGGGGACAUUAUGGAUAUACUCUUAUUUAUUGCUCUUAUUGCUCUUCACCAGAAUGUCUCAAUUUGAUAUGAGUCAUGUUUUUUGUAGUUUUGAUUUCCAAGAAAUGGUUCGCUUUAAAUCAGAAAAACAAUGUAAACCCCCGCCCACACAGGUUCCUUCUUCAUCAGAAAUAUAAACAUCUGGGUUUUUUUUUUUCUAAGAUUUAAGCAUCUAUUCCUUCGUAAAAAUGGGCUGGUCAUUGCAUUGAAAUGAUCAAAGGUAUUUUCUGAUACUUUAUUGCCCCCUAAUGCUGACUGAGGGCAGCUGCACAAAGUGAGAAACCAUUAAGAGAGACCUUUUUUGUUCUUUAAUGACUGAAAAAUGUUACGAUUAUUUGACAUAUAGAAUAAUAUUGGCCUAACUUUAAAUCUAAACAACAAGCAAUCAAAUGCAAAAUCAUCGUCUACCGUUGCAUCAAACCUGCCUUUUUGUACAAGAAUCACUGAAAACAUAUUUGUGGACAACAAAAAACUUAAAUUAUCUUCAAUGCACCCAUCUGCACGAGUAAAUAUUCAUGCUCACUAUAGUGUAAUGUUGCUGUGACUGAAGUUAAUCCACAUGUUUAAAAAAGAAUCAAAUGGGAUGUUAGUGGAAUUAGGGACAGGAAGGUCACUCACACACACACACACACACUCACACACACACACACACACACACACACAGGAAUGAUGCAUUUGUCAGGACAAGGACAGGCACGCAAUCAGCACAGUAAUCCUCACUGCUGGCAUAAUGAAAUGGCCAAAACGAGAGAUCAGCACACACACACUCAGUAUACUGAUUCCCCUCUGAGCUGAGUCAGAGAGCGGGUCAGUGCACCUGUGGUCAUGUUACAUAGGUUGUGUUUGUGUGUGUGUGUGUGUGUGUGUGCCUGUAUAUGUGGGGGGUAAAUGACUAAGACAGAGAGCGACAGUGAUGAGAAAAGUAGGUAUGAAAACUUGCAGUUGUCAGCUGAAAUGUCUAACAGGCGUGUAAAUAAGAAACUUUCCGUUGGUUAUACAUAAAUUAAUGACAAAAAAAUUUAAAGGUGAAAAAUCCCUUAAAAAUCCACCAGACAUCACCUCAAA